AUGGGUAAUAAUCCUCCUUCAUCUCGCCCUCACCAACAGUCACAGCGGGGUUUGCGAAAUGAGGAACAGAUGCCGCCACCCUCCUCCACCUCUGCCACCUCGGAACCCGCUCCGCCAAAAUCCUCAAUUGCAAGUAGAAUCCAACAUUCCGCAUCAGGAUUGCUACAAAACACCUUUUCAGGGUCUCCCUCCCGCUCUCUAGCAGGCGACAUAUCCUCAACCCUUACUGCAGGACUAGGCUUGUCCAGCAAAGGAAGCUCACCCUCUUCCAACGCUCAUGCGCUGCUCCACGCUGGUGAUUCAGCGUCUGAGAAUACCCUCCAUUCGCAUGGGUUAAGCCUAGGUCAGCCAUCAAGCCGUGCAAGCGGAGCCCAGAGGUUCCCUUCUGAGUCAUUGCGCUCCGCUCCUCUCCCGGCGACAAUGAGCCUAAUUGAUGAAGAUGAUCAAAGAGCUUGGGAACGGUUCCAGGAUCCUACGCAGAAUAACAUUGCCGGCCACGACAAUGGCAAUGACACUCUCUUUCUAGACCCCUACGAUGCAACCAGCACGAAGGGAAAAGGAAAAUUAAGAGCAGGGGAGAUGGAAGAUCUCCUCGAUCCUUCCACCUCUUCCAACCCUCAGCAAAACCUGCCCAAUGACGACUUCGACUCUGCUUGGCACAACUCCUCUCCCGCCGGAAACACCACCCGCAAUCACAGUCAUAAACCAAACGACCCCAACAUCGGCACAUACCACCGGGCUUCAUAUAUCCCUCACUCCACAGACGGUCAAGACGUCAUCGCCCUCCUCACCUCUCCAACGUUCCAACCAGCAACAUUCGCAACCCCCGAAUCCCCGCAAAGCGAACUCCUCGAGCUAGACCCUUCCAUGCUACAGCAACCGCCACCGUCCUCUUCUGCCUCCCCCCCUUCUUUCUCAACCGAAGCAACAAAAAUCCACCCCUUCCCCCCAAACCAACUCAGCCUCAUCCCAGACAUCAACUCCAUUCUCUCCGCCAUCCAACAACAGUCGCAAGAACCACGCCAACAUGGCCAGGGCGGGGAAUGGGACUGGACAACAAUGCCUGGCAUAGCAGAGUGGUUGGAGGUUGAUGGGACGUACCAGGAUACGGUGUGGGGUUUCCUGAAACCGUAUGUGGAAGCUGCGAAGAAGGAAGUUGUGGAACGCAAGGAAUGUGGGGAGGAUGGCGGGGUUGCUGGGACGGGGGAAGACGGGCCAGCGGUGAAACGGUUGAGGAUGGUUUUGGGGCACUUGAAGGCGAGGCUUUAG